UUAAAGGUUGUUGUUGUUGUUGUCGGUACGACGACACCUUCCUUUGUUGUUGUGCUUCUCGUUUUACAAACAUUUCUUCUGCUGUUGGCCUAUCCACCACCAAUUUUCCAAAUGAUUUUCGUCGUUUUGGCACAUGGACGUUUCGUCCAUUUUCUCUUUUCCCCCCAAAAAAAAUAAUUCUUACAGCGGCUCAUAAAAAACAAUUUGGAUGUCGUAAAGAGUCCUCCUGAACAUUUCGAUUUGUCUCAUUCGCCAUUGUUUUCGGGACAUUCUAUCUAUACUACGAUGGCGUAAAAGUUUAGGCCUCCUGAUACGAAAAGGACUAAAAGUUAAACAUAUAUCGAUGCAACGCUACGUCAAUAAUAACAGGAUCAAGGAAUAAAUUUCGCCAGGCCAUUUAUAAUAUCGACUGCCACAACUUUUCGACCUAAACCAAAAGUUGCAUUUCCCUCCUUGCACGACUAAUAACUCGUCUCGAACUUUAUAAAACAAAACAAAAAAAUCAAUUUUCGUAUGAUGCAAUAUAAAGCCCGAGUUUUGCCUUAUUCCGUUUAUUCUCCCGUCGAGUUAUACAGGCUAUAUCUUUUUAUUUGAUCAGCUACGGUCGGCUGCAUUCUUGUUUUUUUCGAACAUGGACGGUGGAUUAGGGUCAAUUUGUGAAAUCAAUUUCUUCAUUUCUUUUUUGUUUGUCUAUUUUUAUUUCGAUUUGGCUGGCCAUUCUUUCUAUUCCUUAUGAGCUGUUUUCCAUGAGGGCAAAUGGGAAGAUGAAGUAGGAGUGUCUCACACACACACACACACAAAGCGGGGGCUAUCUUCUUUCGCUCUAAAAGAGUGUACGACAGGUAGAUUUGUCUAGUACCUUUAACAGCAUUGCCCCCCUCUCAUCCUGGAAAAAUCUAAAAUGUCCUAUCUGAUGGUGAGGGCCAAAAGGAAAAAAAAGGUAAAUGAGAACAAGAGGAUGUCGACCAAUCAGUCGGUGAGGAAUGGGUCGGGGGUGGAGUCUCGACUCCCACCAAUGGGACAGACCCGUCCCAUAAACCGAGGGGGGCCGGACCACCCCAAGCCAGUAGAAAGGUGGCUGCGUGAAACACGAACCCCAACUGUCUUCAACUAUCCACGUCCGACGACGUACGUGUUACUUAUCUGUGUGACUUUUUUUUGGUUCUUCAAAACAUCGAAAUUUUCCUCGUCUAAAGUGAAUUUCCAAUUUAAAUUCCGAGCGCAACAGUUUCCGCAGUUGACAUUUUUCUAAAUUAAAUCCGUGCGAAUUGAAUUGAUCUGGUCGGUUGUUUCAUUUUUGUGCCUUUGUGGAUCGUUGAAUUUGAAUUUGUGUGCGGCUUUUUUCUUUGAUCGAAACGUGAAAAAGUCGAUUUGAACACCUGCCCAGUUGUUGCCGGCCAAGGAUGCGCUUUGAAAUGGACAAGGCGCCGCUCCAGCACUCGCAUCAACACACUCACCCGGUCGUGUCCAGCAACCCAACGGCUCAUCAGCACAUUCUGUCGGCGGCCGAAGGCGGACUCCCGACCAUGGUCGGUCACGGCCGCUACAUCAAGAACGAUCCGGGCAAUGCGGGCAUCGAUCGAGAGUGCCGCGUCUCCUUGGAAGAACGUGACCUAUGGAGCAAAUUCCAGGAGCUCACCAACGAAAUGAUUGUCACCAAAAACGGAAGGCGGAUGUUUCCCGUCGUCAAAGUCUCGGUCGGUGGCCUGGACCCAAAAGCCAUGUACUCUAUCCUCUUGGAAUUUCUUCAAAUUGACGUCGAAGGACGGUGUCGGUACGUCGAAGGAAGAUGGAUCCCGAGCGGGAAAGCUGAACGACCGCCAUCCAACGCCAUUUACGUCCACAACGAGUCGCCCAACUUUGGCGCCCACUGGAUGAAGGAGCCGGUCAAUUUCUCCAAAUUGAAAUUAUCCAACAAGAAAUCAGAGCCUGGCAUGAUUAUGCUCAAUUCUUUGCACAAGUACGAGGCUCGAGUUCACAUCGUGCGGGUGGGCACCGAUGAGCGACGCAUUUUGACUUACACCUUCCCGGAGACUCAAUUCAUCGCAGUCACGGCCUACCAGAAUCCCGAGGUAACGGCUUUGAAAAUCAAACACAAUCCAUUCGCCAAAGCGUUUCUCGACUCGAAGGAACGAUCCGGCGGCGGUGGCGGAGGACACGGCGGCCAACACGGCGACUCUUCCGACGGUGGUGUUCAUCCUCAUUCAAUGGUCCACCAUCAGUAUUCACAAUAUGGUUCGUGGUAUUUGUCGCCCAGCGCCGCUCAUCACCAGAGCGUCUACGCCGCCCAGCAAUUAGCGGCCGGCGGUGGAGGAUCUCGGCUGCCGUCGGGCAACAACGGAUCGACUUCAUCUUCAUCGCCCGUCGGUCGAGUUUCAUCCGCAUCUUCCGCUUCUGGUGGCGGCAACUCGCAUCACCACGCCGGCAGUCACCGGGUCGUCCCUUACAGCGUCCCGUCGUCCGGACACAAAUCGCCCACCUCCGUUCCCGGUUCUUAUCCAAUCAGUGCAAGUCAGACGACGCCCAGUACGCCGUACGGCGGCCCACACCACAAUGCGGUGCAGUCGGGUGGAUACAACAACACGGCGGCCAGUUGGACGACCAACAACUGGAAUUGCGGGGCUAAUAACGCGGCAGCCGCUGCUGCAGCGGCGGCGGCGGCUGCGGCGGCCGCAGCAGCAGCAGCAGCUUCUUCUUCGUCUUCUUCCGGCUCGCCACCCAUCAGCAACAACAACAACAACAACAUCACAAACGGAGCGGUCGGCACUCUAGGAGCGUCGACAUCCUCAGCUGGAUCAGGCGGCAGCAGCUGGGCCAGCAAUCAUCAAUUGCCGUGGCUUUCGUCGGCUGGUGAACCUUUCCAGCAUCAACAACAACACUACAGCACCAAUCCGGCGGCCGCUUACGGCGCUGGAUACAUGCCGUCGUCACAUUACGGCGGAGCACCGACAGCCCACCACAGCACCGAUUUUGGACUGCCAUUUUCUUCGGCCGGCUAUCCCGUGGCAUUGCCGGGCUCCUACCCGUCGGGUCACUACUUUUUCGGCAGCGGAGAGAAUUGCGGAUUCUACAACAACGCCGGAUGCCAACAGCAACAACAACCUCACCAACAACAGCAGUACCAGCAAGUCUCGCCAGUGGCGGUUGAAAGGUCAGCUUCUACCAGUUCCAGUCCUGGAUUCGAAUCUCAUCAGCAGGUACAACAACAACAACAACAGCAGCAGGUAGUUCUUCAACAGCAAGUCCAGGUCAAGGAAGAUCUCCUCUCUGAAAGUUUCAGCGAUCACAGUUCACCAAGACAGGGUUGGAGUCCGCUUACUCCGCCAACCGGAGUUUAAAGUGGAACUUACAAUUACACGAAAAUCAAACCAAAAUCCUGUCAAAAGAAAAAAUGAAGUUCGUGACUUGAAAACAAAAAUAAGAUUUUGUUUUGUUUUUUAAAUUGUCGUCGAGCGCCAGUGACUGCUCUCCUGAAUUUUUUCCACUUUUUAUUUGCAAUUGAGCACUCUAAAAGACGAGGUUAUUUCAUUGUAGGCCCGUAUCAAAUUUAAUCGGACAGUUGUAUCAUAUUUAUCUCCCGUUUCUCCAUACUCGUCUCCUCAUUUUCUUUUUUGUUUAGUUAAAACAAAAACAUUUUUCGCCUCGUCUUUGUUUAUUGUAAUCGCCACGGUUAUUAGCCGGUUGCUUCACUGGCACAACGUUCACGAACAUUCACCACGUGUGUAUUUUUAAUUCAUCCGUUUCAUUUAUGUGUGUCCACCUGCGCAAUAAUCCGCUCCCCCAGAUCGCAAUUCGUUGAUUUUACAAUUUUCACGACACCUUCUAUUUCUCUUUCUCUCCCCCACCACCAACACCACCAAAAAACAAAAAAAAAAAUCACUUUGAAACAUGAAACCCCUCAAUUUUCCUUAUUACUCUCUCCAUUAUUGUCUCUCCCCCUCCUCAUUACCCAUCAUUCCCAUUGACUGAUGUAUAAGCAAAACAACAAAAAAAGUAAUAAGUCUGUGCGUAGUAGUACUGUAUUGUGUCUAGUGCUGUAAAGUGACAGACAAAAGAGCUGUAAAUAGAUAUCGAAUCAUUUUCACCGA